UUGACGCGACUGCUUCUUCCCCGCAGCCUCCCCAAAAACGCAACUGCGUUCCCACAGCCCUCCCCGCCACCGCCCGCCCCGGCCAGCCCCGCGUAGCCCACCAGCAUGGGGAAGGAGAAGACGCAUAUCAACAUCGUCGUCAUUGGGCAUGUGGACUCUGGGAAAUCCACCACCACCGGGCACCUCAUCUACAAAUGCGGGGGCAUUGACAAAAGGACCAUUGAGAAAUUUGAGAAGGAGGCUGCCGAGAUGGGGAAGGGGUCCUUCAAAUACGCCUGGGUGCUGGACAAGCUGAAGGCCGAGCGUGAGCGUGGCAUCACCAUUGACAUCUCGCUGUGGAAGUUUGAGACCACGAAGUACUACAUCACUAUCAUUGACGCACCCGGCCACAGGGACUUCAUCAAGAACAUGAUCACCGGGACCUCCCAGGCUGACUGCGCUGUCCUGAUUGUUGCUGCCGGCGUUGGUGAAUUUGAAGCCGGUAUCUCCAAGAAUGGGCAGACUCGUGAGCACGCCCUGCUGGCUUACACCCUGGGAGUGAAGCAGCUCAUUGUGGGCAUCAACAAGAUGGAUUCCACAGAGCCCCCGUACAGCGAGAAACGCUACGAUGAGAUCGUCAAGGAGGUCAGCGCCUACAUCAAGAAGAUUGGCUACAACCCAGCCACAGUUCCCUUCGUGCCCAUCUCAGGCUGGCAUGGAGACAACAUGCUGGAGCCCUCUCCCAAU